UGAUGGUGGUUGUUGGUGGUGGCAAUCCAACUUGAAGUUUGUGUCCGAAGUCUUUCGUUAUUUGAAUUUGAAUUCAGUUGCUGCGCGCUUGUAAACGAGAAUGGUUGUGCACGGCACAGCGUAACUUAAAACAGACAACGAACAACAACCAAAAACCGUCCGUCGCCCAGUGAAAACAACAAAACACCCCAAGUGAUAUCACAACGAAAAAAAGAAAACAAAAACAACGAAAAUUAAAACUAAAAAACAAAACGGACAGACAAACCGAUUGUCAGAAAGUCCACAAAAAAAAAUCAUACUCUUUUUUAUGGUACCUUUCCCCGCACCCUUUUCUUUAACUUUAUAGAGGGGGAGAUUGUGGUGAAUUGGUUCGCAUAUGCAAGAAAUAUUAAAUGAAAGUCAAAUGUGAAUGUGAAUGUGUGUGCAAGUUUCGAGUUUGCGUGUAUAUGUCAAAGCCUAAGUCAACUCUAUCAUUGUGCUGGGUUAGCCCACAAGAAUAUCUUUGUUGAGCCGUUAAAAGAAAAUACUCAGUAGCAGCGACGCAUACGUUUGUACAACAGCGGCAUCUCCAAACAGCACUCUACCAUCAUCAUCAUCGAAAACAAAAACAACAAAACCAAGACAACCACAAGAAACAAUAGAAAAGAAAAACGUUAGUUUUUCUCAGACUCUGUUUAAAAGUUUGCAGUUGUGAAAUAUCCAAAACUUGAACUGGAACUAUUUUGCCGCAGUCAUCGCAGUCGUCAUCGUGUAAAAAAAAAUCCUCCUGCCAUUGUAUUGGAGUCUGAGAGACAGCAUUGUAAACAACGCCGCGUCUUCUCACCGCUCACUGUUUGAGUGGAUACUUUUAAUCAGAUAACUUGGAACUUUCGAUCAUCCUUCAAAAAACGACACUUCAUCACACACUGUAGUUGGAGUAGUAGUUGAAGACAAUGGCGCUGCGUUUGCGUCGUGAUGUACAAAAGGCUUCCUAUUAUGUCUGGUUCUUGGGAGCCGAAGAAGCCAAAGGCUUACGUGGAAAUCGAGUCAUAAAUUCCGUGCUGCCGUAUCUGAUCGAUAGAUCACGGUCACAGGAACCCAUUAAAGUAACUCUACAAGUAUCACACAAAGGAAUCAAAAUUAUACAGGGCUCUUCUAAGCAUUUUAUACCACACAGUGCCAUAACUAGUUCGGUUCAAACCGAUGACAUAGUCGCAUGCGUCCUGCUACUUUAUAAUCCAAUCACAAAGUGUCCAUUGCACGUUCAUGCCUAUCGUUGCGAUUCGGAGACCACAGCCGAGGCCCUAAAUCAACAAUUACAAAUUUUGAUAAAUCGUCCCGAGAAUCAAAAGCGUUUUGAGGAAUUGGAAUCAAGACUGGGCAUAAUUCCUGGCAUGCCUCCCAGCAAAAGUUCCAAUCACGACGAAAUGAUUCACAAAAAAGAAAUACAUCAUCAACAGCAGCAGCAACACUCUAGGACCAGACAUGAAGCCCCUCCCAAGCGCCUUUUAUCCUCUAUGGGCAGUGAUACUGGCAAUAGCACUCGAGAGUCAGAAGGCAGCGAAGACAUAAAUGGUAACUCGCCAAUGUCCCGUUCUCCUUCGGGCCUCAAACCUUUGCCUUUGCAGCAAAACAAUGAAUUAUUCGAUUCCCUAGCAGCCGAAUUGAGGGCCAAACUCAAUGGCAAUGGACCGCCAUUGCUGCUGCCCCCUAGGGACUAUGAUACGGUGCAUAGAUCAAAGGGUAAUCUAGCGGCCAUCGAAUUGCGCCGUUGCCGCAAUUCUCUUAUUGUGGGCAGUGACAGGCCAGGGCCCAAUGUCACACAGAACAUGUCUAGCAAUAUAAUGGGUGGUGGCAUAGGAAGUGGUGGUGGAGGGGGAAAACAGGUCUCCUCAAGAGGUUCUUCUGGCAUAGGCUCCGAUUUGGCUCCCAGCCCCGAAAGACAGGAUAUCAACAGCUCGAGCGAGGACGAACACUGGAGCAAUGAGGCCGACAAUUCGGUGAUUGCCCUGAAACCCUCUCAGAUAUCGGUGGAAAGGACUACGGCCGCCAUCACUCAGCACCAUGUCAAUCUAUCACGUAAAAAUGCAGUACAUCCAAGAGACGAUGGUUAUUUGAGAGAUCUUCCCGCUAAGCCAUACACACCACGCACCACCACAACCACAAAGAAUGAAAAGAUUCCCAUUGUUGAACGCGACUCCAGAGCCAAGACUCCAGCUUCCAAUUCGUGGUGCCGAGAGGAUGAGAUUAAACCAAUAAUAGUACGUCCCACUAACUAUGAUUCGAAAAUCAAUCGUGUCUUGCAGAGUGAACAACAGUUUGGCUUGGAGGAGAAGGUGAUGCGGGAACGUCCCAAGGUGCAUGAAGAACGCAAGGGUGGCUAUUUGAAUCAUGUGGAAGUCCCAGAGCAACGUUACAAAAGCAAGCCAACAAAACCGGUGGACGACUACGACGAUGGCAUGGUGGCUCCCAACAAUGCUGGGCAUCAGAGCUAUCAUCGCAAAGAGAAUCUGACCGAUAAACAGAAAUACAUGGAAUACUCGAGCAAAUCCAAGCCAUUGCCAACCAAAAGCUAUGCCCACGAGGAGGUGCAGAGAUACGGUGGCAAGCAUCGCUAUGUCGAUCCCGCAGAUCUGCCAUUCGAGCAAAAUACCAGCACUGGUAAAUACGACAGCUACCAUCGCGAAUCACAUUCUCCAGAUCACUCAGAGCUGAGUCAUCGCACUGCCGAACGCCCAGGUGCCAAAUCACGCGAUGUGCGCGAUGGUGGCCGCAUGAGACAUCGUUCGCACGAACGCCAACCCGAACAAGAACAUCAUUCGCGCGACGAAAGGGAACAUCUGUCACACAGCAAGGAGCGCAAUCCCUAUAGGGAACCCGAGAGCAUUCCCUACAUUGAGAGUAUGGAGAAGAUGAUGAAGUCCACUGCCAUUCGCUACAAGUCCUAUGACAAUAGCGCAGAUCUUAGUGCUCCCCGCAGCAAGGAACCUUUGCAGAAUAAACUGAGCCAACGCAGCAAGACCCACUCACAUCACGAUGAUGAUCUAGAGUACAAUUACAAUAACUAUCCAAGUCAUGGAGGAGAAAGAGGAGGUAGAGGAGGUGAGUUUGUGGGCUCUUCAAACAAGGAUCGUUUCAAGGAUGCUAAGGACAAAUUCCGUUCCAUGGAACGUUCAGGCAGCCGUUACGAGUUGGCAGAUGAUAAGGAUCAACAGGAAUAUAAAUCGCGCCAACGAGGACCCUCCCACACACCUGAACAGUCGUCGGCAAGAGUUUACGAUGAUUGGAGUGAUGAGGAGCAUCUAUACGACAGUCCCCCACCGGAAUUCCGUUCGCGUCAAAGAUCACGCGAGCAAUGGAUGGAUCAUGGCGGUGGCAGACCCACUCAAGUCUUACCUGUAGAUGUUCAUGGGCGUGAUGGUAGGCCUCGAGAGGCCUCUGGCAAACGUGGAGAUUCUAGAAAUCGUUUAGACAAUGGCGAUUAUAGGGAACAACAGCCAACACGUUAUCGUGAAAAAGAUCAUCACCAUAGGGCGGCGAAUGAGGAGAGAAUGCAUGAGCAUACGCGCGAAUACGUGAGUAGACGUGAUUAUACGCCAGAACGAACACAUCACAGAUCGGAACGCUCCGUUGAAGCACAUUAUCCGCCAGCGAAUGGUAAGGCCUCGCCACCUGGCAGUGGCAUAGGCAUACCAUCGGCGGCGCAUGGCAAAGGAGGCAUGCCCGCCAAUAUGACCAAAGGUGGUUAUCGUCACAGCUACGCUGAACCGGUAUUCUCGCGAUCAGCUGGUCGUGUAGGCUUGGCAGCUGUUAAUCCCUACUGAACAGUGAGCAAAAGAGCAGAGCGAUCAUGCAAACGCUUGUUUAAAGAUUUGAAUCGAGAGUGUUAAACACUUUGGCUAUCGAACAAUCAGUUACACAGACUCACUCUCUUAAACACACAUUAAGACGUUGUAAAUGUUUUUUUUUUAUAUUAUUAUUAUUUAAUUUUCUUUUUGUUUUAUCUUUGAAAAUAUUUCAUCUAGCUGCCUGAGGUAACUCCAAUCCAUAAAGGUUCUUUGAAUCGAAUGCUUCAACACUAAUCAACUUAAUCGCGUUAUUAAUUAUUACAUGGACGAUAAAUCGACGGACCGAAGGACAUAUAGAUACUUGGCAGCACUGCCUAUGACGGAAACGGAAAUGUAGUAGGAACAAUAUCGUUUCCUUUGUUUGAAUGACAUUUAUUAGUAUCAGCUUAUUUUUGUAAUUGUAAAAAAGUUAUCUCGUAAAAAGAUUAUUCUAUUUGUGUUUUUUCUCCCUGAACACAUUCUUUUUUUGUGGUUGGUUAUUGAUUCCAAGUGUAUUCAUAUGUACUUAUCGUAUCGUAUCGUAGUAUUUA